UCUCCUUCACCAUUCCUUUCUCCCUUUUUCUGUCCUUUUGGGCUAUCAGCAUCUGUCUCUCAAUUUCCUCACAGACCCAACUGCCGCUCAGUUUUCGCCUUAAAAAAACUUCAAAAGCAGACGACCACCUUAAUUCCGUCGCUAACCUCUCCGUUCCUGAGCCCAAAUAUGCAAUUCCCAAGCAACCUGAUGAAGUUGGCAUUGCUGAACCACCUGGGAAAGCUUUUGAUUCUAAUGGUAGGGGCAGUGUUCAAAAUGGUAUUUCGGGUGCUCUCCAUCUCGAUAGAUCGACUAUUUUAUCUACCGAGGGCUUAGAUUUAGUUGGGGCGGGAAAAAAUGUGGACGGAAGGGGUACUGUUUCAACUACUGAUGGCAUAGUUUCAAUUACUCCUAGUUCAGUUGCAGUGAUCUCUAGCUUUAGCAGUUCGAUUAGUAAUGGAAGCUCUGGUAAUGUCUAUGAGAAGGGCAGUGCUUCAGUCCGUGCGGAGAUUAGCGCCGAACCUUGUGAUGUUUUGGAUGGAAGAUGGUUAUAUGAUGAGAGCUAUCCCCUCUAUUCGAGCAAUGCAUGCCCCUAUAUAGAUGAAGGUUUUAGUUGUGAGGCCAAUGGGAGAACCGAUACUGGCUACAUGAAGUGGAGGUGGCAGCCGAAUAGUUGUAACAUCCCGAGGUUCAACCCUGUGAAGUUUCUCAAGUUGAUCAGAGGGAAAAGGCUUGUUUUUGUUGGCGAUUCAAUUAAUAGAAACCAGUGGGAAUCCAUGUUGUGUUUGUUAAGAGGGGCCGUUUUGGAUCCCAGCAGGGUAUAUGAAGCCAGAGGGCGAAAGAUUACAAAGGAAAAUGGGGUUUACAACUUCAAAUUCAUGGAUUACCGUUGCAGUGUUGAGUAUUAUGUGACUCAUUUUUUGGUUCAUGAGAGCAAGGCGAGGGUAGGACAGAAGCGAGUUAAUACUCUACGAAUUGAUACCAUGGAUAGAAGCUCAUCAAGAUGGAGAGGAGCUGAUAUAAUGGUUUUUAAUACUGCACACUGGUGGUCACAUCACAAAACUAAAGCCGGAGUAAACUACUACCAAGAAGGCGGUAAAGUCCAUGCCCACCUUGACGUUUCCACUGCUUUCAGAAAAGCUUUAACAACUUGGGCUUCAUGGAUUGAUCGGAAUAUCAGUGGAAACAAGACCCAAGUUUUCUUCCGGAGUUCAGCUCCUAAACAUUUCAGUGGUGGGGAGUGGAGUUCUGGAGGGCACUGCAAAGAGAACACAAAGCCCCUAAAUUAUAGCAUCUUACCAAGCACUCCUGAAAUGAACUUAAUAGUAGAUCAAGUCAUAAAACAAAUGAGAACUCCCGUGACUGUGCUAAACGUAACAAGCCUCUCUGGGCUUAGGAUAGAUGGUCAUCCAUCAAUUUAUGGAAGAAGGCCUGGAAGUUGGCCGUCCUCAAAUGUCCAGGAUUGCAGCCACUGGUGCCUUCCAGGGGUUCCUGAUACUUGGAAUGAGCUUUUGUACUUUUAUCUGCAAACCAGACGGAGUUCUACUGAAACUUGACCUCAUAAAAAUUUGACUUAGAAAACUUGCUGCUGACGAAGAUUUAGCUGACCACAACUGACCUUCAAUGUCAUUUCUUGUAAGUUAAUUCGUCACAUGUUCCUUCAUCCAGUCACCCUUGUGGUGAAAAUUCUGUAAUGAUGUCAGAAUGCCGUUAGAAUGCCCUUGGCAUUAGUGCAUCAACUGGUAACACAAAACACACACACACACACACACACACACACACACACACACACGUUUUUUUCUGUUCUUAGUCAAGCAGGGCUGUAUUGUUGAUACUAAAAAUGCAAUUUUCUCCAAAAAUUGGAGCAAAUUUUAAAAUUCAUUGAGUUUCCAACUGUAAUUUGAUUAUAUUGGUAUAGUUGGCCGCAUAAGCUCUUAGGUUGACAUUGGAUUUGACUACUGCAAUAUUAUGGCUGGGUUUAGUUUUUCUUAAUUCAUAUUCUCUAACAAGUGGUACAAGAGUUAAUGGCAUGGUCAGGUUAGAUUGGUCAUAAAUUUUGUAGCUACCAUGCGUCAUUUGUAUAUUCUUAUCAUGGUUAACUUGGACAAUA